UGCAGCAGCCGCUGUCCCGUUAUCUCAACUUGUCUGAGCGAGCUGGAAACGUCGUCCGGGGAUGAGACGAAAGAGAAAAGAAGUUUUGAAAAGUUUGAUGAAAGUCACCUGCGAGAGUUGGAAAAUGUUUUUGAUGUCGAAGUGGUGGAUUUUUAUCGUUUGUCUGACAGAUGUCCUCCCGCCCCGUUGCUCAGCGGUUAAUGUGUUUGUGAGAGAUGAGAGGAGGUAUGCUGUGCUAUUCCAGUCAGUGGUCCUGCCAUGUCAGUACAACAGUGUGUCCACCCAGAUCCCCGUGGUGCAAUGGGUCUACAAGUCGUACUGCCGCGACCGCACGCGGGAUUCGUUCAGCUUCCCCGACAGCCUUAGUGGAGGCUUGGGAGGAGGGGGGCUGACGGGUGGAACCGGAGGAGCCAGUGGAGGGUACGACACAGGGAUGACAGCGAGCUACCUCGACUGUGCUGACAGCAGCCGGACGGUCCGAACUGUGGCCUCCAUCUCUGGUUCCUCAAUCACGCUGUCAGAGUACUACAAGAACAGAGACAUCUCCAUCAUUAACAAGGCAGACCUGCGCAUAGGAGAAGUCCAGUGGGGAGAUAGUGGAGUUUACAUCUGUAAAGUGGUUAUAGCUGAUGAUUUAGAGGGACAGAACGAAGCCUCCGUGGAGCUGCUGGUUCUUGGUUUCUCAGGUGUGCCUGAAGAUCUCCUGCCAGAGUUUGAUUUGAAGAUUAUGCCAGAGUGGGUGUUUGUGGCGGCGGUGGUGCUUGGCAGUGUCUUAUUCCUGCUGUUGGUUGGGGUUUGUUGGUGUCAGUGUUGUCCUCACUCCUGCUGCUGCUACGUCAGCUGCUGGUGUUGCCCCGACACGUGCUGCUGCCCUAGACACCUAUAUGAGGCAGGUAAGGGUAUAAAGACGGGCUCCUCCAGGCCGCAAUCUCCUGCCUACCCUCCAUAUUUUGUCACUGGUGUCCCGACGAUGGUCCCCAUCGCCCCUCCCUCCUUGGUGGACAAGAUGUCUUCUGUGUCCCCUUCGGAUGGCAGUCUACUCACAGCAGUGCCGAUGCAUGCUGUAGGGGUUCCCUAUCGCGUGCCCUCACCUCAGGAUCAGGACUCUCUCAGGGUGCUACAGUAUGUAGAGAAACAACUGGCUCACUUCAACCCUGCCAGGUCUACCAGCCACCAGUCCUGCAGCCUGUCUGAGCUCAGCUCCCUCCAUGAGGGAGAUACGGGCUUCCGGCAAACAUAUCGAAAUGUCCAGAAGAAAGCUCUGCCUGCCAUCCCUGACCAUGACCCUCAGCCUGAACCCCAACGCUACCGUGACAACCGCAGCCCAGAGCUGCAGCGUCAUCGUGACAGUCCCCCUUCACCCCAACGAUAUUGUGAUGACCCCGACUCAGAACCUCGCCGCUGCCAGGACGAGCCCCUUCCUCCUCGGCGGUACAGCGACGACCCUCCGUCCUCCUCACAGUCACGCAGACCCGGCCGAAAUCAACGGCAACAGAAUCACAGCGAGGAGGAAAACCACAACAGGUGGAACCCUCGUUCAGAACAUCUGCAGAGAAAGACGUACCGUACUGCAGGACGAACCGGCUCACUGGAUGAGCUGGAAGAGUUUGCUGCUUCUUACAAGCAGAAAGAGACCAGAAAGACAGAUAAAAGGGAAGAAGAGAGGGCAGACUAUGAGAUGGAGCUUAUGGAGUUCAGUCGAUAUCCUUCCUACCGUGUUGCUCCGCCUCAGCAUUAUCACAAUGAUGAGAAUGAGCUUGGGGACAGCAGCGACCACGAAGAUAAUCCCAGACGAAAGAACAAAAAUGGACAUAUCAUAAGCCCACUUCAUUCACCCCAAAAGAGGAGGGGCACCCCUGCCCCGCCUCCUCCCAGAAUCAGUCCACCAUCAACUUCUUCUCAAGAGAAGGACUACGAUGGCACGUUCCUAAACAGCUUGCUCGAGCGUAAGGCUAAGUUACGAGGAUUCAGCCAGGGGAAGAGUGGGGCCCGGGUUGAGGAAGAUUCAGACACACCCUCAAAGGGCAGCUCGAAAAAGAGCAGUGGGGAAUCUAGUAGGCACUGCAGUCGCUCGCCCAGUAACAGGCCUGAGGCUGAUUCACUGCCUCCUUACUCAGACACAGAGCGAAACAGAACUGAAAGGCCAUCUCCACGGCCACUCCCAGCAAACGCUCGCUCCUCUCAACCUCCUGCCCAUUCCCUGCCCGGUCGCAGAGAGGACCCCAGAGACAAGAACCGGAAAGUGCAGGGCACUCUCCUAAGCCGGGAUUCCCUCAUCGUCUGAUCACGUGAGAGCCACACAGACCGAGUACUUUGAGCAGACUGUACGGGAAGUGCGUGUCAGCCGACGACUUUGAGUGUGGAUAUAUGCAAAUUACAACUGACUAUGAAGGAAAGCUGAAUGAAAAAAUGGACAACAGACAACAUUUUUACUAUCGAGACUGUUACUGGGGUUUCUGCCUGUGACGUCAAGAAACGAUGAAGUCAUCACGGUUCAGUUUCUGUCACCGGCUGCCUCAUAUAUUGUAUAUGUCAGCUGGACUAACACUGAACUAAUGCGGGCUGGCUGUAUGACCUAGACUGUCCCUGCCAGCAGGACACUGUUCGUCUCCCCCCCGUCCCCUUAGAAAACGCUCUGAAGCGGAGAGACCGGCUUUACGCUUCCAGCACAAUGAGCGCAUUCAUUUCCAUUUGAUGAGAUAUCUGCAUUAAAAGACACAGUUGUAAAAAAAAAAAGAAGUAUAUGACAAGAGCAUUAUUGUGAAGUACAUAUUGUAGCUUAAGUUGUUUGACAAUACAAGCACUGUGUCAUUCAGUAACAUUAUUCAUGGACUAAAGCAGCUAAUUCAGAUGCCUUUUGCAAGGAGAUUUUUUAUUUUUUGCCUUUAUUGGAUAGGACAGCUAAGACAGACAAGAAAGGGCCAGAGGGGAUGACACACAGCAAAGGGCCCAGAGGUCAGAUUUGAACCAAUGGCCGUUUCAGGUGAGCUACCAGAGAUUUUAAUGUUAACUACAACUGGAAGGAGUAACCAACAUUACCAAACGUUGACAUGGUGUGUGGACAGUAACUCAGCUGCAUUAAGCAAUAUUUUUAUACUGACUGACUGUGUGUAAUGUGAAAGUUGUCACUUGUAGUCACAAUUUAUCACCUAGCUCUGCAGUUCCCCUCAACUAUACGGAGAGUUGUAGCGUCUUCCAACUCAUUGUUCUGGUUUUUUUUUACCUACAACUUUUCUGUUUUGGUUCACUUUCAUUGCUCUCAUCAACCCUGUUUCCAGCAGCAGCAGGCAUAUGUUUUAGUUAAACACUUGACUGCACACUACCUGCUCUGCACCAAACAGCAGACAAACACAGUAAGCAACUAGCUGGUGAACAUAGUGGAGAACUUAGCAGCUAAAGAGCCAGAUAUGUCCCUCAGGAGUUGUUGGAGAGAACAAAAACAGAACCAGAAUACGAGUGAAUAUUGAACUUUUAUAGUGUUACUUUGUAUGUCUAUGUAAGAACCUGUUCAAAUGUUCCCCAUUACAACUUUAUAAAGUGCUAAUAUGCCAGUGUUUACAGCUUCUAAGACUGCUGCCAUGUGGCCAACAAAUAAUGUAACUUACAUGCAAGUGAGCUGGGUAAUAUAAGGUCAAAUUCCAUGUAGCAACAUUUAUCAGCUAGAAAAGAAGUUAGUUUGAUUUUUAUUAGUUUUUAAAGCAACAUAAGACAGAAACAGAGCUCUGAAGAAACGGAGCUGCAUGGCGCUCAUUUUCAGUUCAUGAAAACAUACAUUAUAGUCCAAAUACAGAAAGCUACAUUGACAGAGUAUUAAAUGAAUGAGGGUAUGGACCAACACUGCAGACCUGCCCCUGACCUAUGACCCACAUUUGCUGCAGCAUUUCCAGUGUUUAUUUAGUUACUUCUAAGUCACAGUCAUUAUUGCGUGAAGCAGUAACUUUAAUUUCUCUCCAGACUGUGUGUCAGUGGAGCUUUUCUUCUAUUAAUAGAUGUGAGUUUGCACAAAGUAACUAUUUUCUCGAAUGGACUAAAACCUGAAGAACGUUUUUUUGUAAACAUUUAAGGUGUUAAACAGCCACAUGCCUUAAAAACUUUUUUGUAUUACAGCAUGAAGAUAUUUUUAUAUGUAAACUCGACCAAUUUUGUGUGUGGUGUGAUAUGAUUGUUGUAUUUGUAUUUUGUAAAUGAUUAUUAUGUUUGUCUAAGCUUUCCAGUGUGACUGUGUACAUAAGAUGAAGUGUCUUUGAUUUGAUAACUGUAAUUCAGCCUUUUCUUAUCACCGCUGAGUCAACAGCUAAACCAACAGCUUCACUUGUUAUCAUUCACAAAACACACGUUAUCCUACUGAUUUUCAGUCUUAUUACUGACUUGGUUCUAACAUUACGCCAUCCAGUGUUUCAUUAUUCCUGCUUCCAUGUUGGGUCGGCUCGUCAUGAGAAAAAUCUCAUGUUAGUGUAUAAUUGUUUUUAAUUGUAUUUUCUGCUGUCUGGUACUGACUGUUUGUGCUUGUAUGAAAGAGAGAGAGAGAGAGAGAUGACUCUUUACAUUUCUGUAAAGGAGACAAUGUGUAAUUGAGUAUGACUCAUGUCUUUGUUCAUUGUUGUAAUCACAGACUGCCUGUCUUUACUACACAGCUGUGUCAAAACUCACAUAUCAGUUCUGCCAGCUCAACCACAGAUAUCUGUGAAGCAGUUGUUUUGUCAUCCAUAUAAAUAAUUUGUUACAACCUGUAAGUCAACAAAGUAUCUGCUUAUUGAAUUGUCAAGAUCCAAGAAUUCAACGACUGUUCUUAAGUCCAAUUCUGAUACGGUUGUUUACUUGAGUAUUCAGCUUUCCAUGGUACUGUAUUACUGCUUCAUUAUCAAAAGAUUUUUUUUUAUCCCUCUGUAUUUACUUGAGAGUUAUAGUUAUUGUAGAUAAUUACAUACAGUACAUAAUACAUUAUUUUAAAUGUAACGCAACAGUAUAAAAAUAAGAUAUGAAAUCAGCUGCACCUUGACCAAUAACCAUAUACUGCUGCUUGCACAUUAAAACAUUAGUAACAACGGUCCAGUACUGUAAUAUAAUACUGUACUUAGGAGGCCGUUUUUCUUCAUAAUAAGUACUUUCACUUUAGAUUCAGCGACAAAGAAGAUUUUUGUCACCGUCCAUGGUACAUCAGUUUUUAAGAAAAGCAAUCUAAUGAGGCUUUAAAUUGUUAAGUUAUACAAAGUAACGCUUAAUUAUUUGAAUUCCAAUUCUAAAUGUUUUUUUUCCUGGUUAUACUUCUGUGAUUCUACUUUAAAAAAUAACUUUGCAGGAUUUUUAAUUGCGUUCUUUUACCUUGUAUCACUUCUUUAACCUAGGUUAAAGAUUUGAACGCAUCUUCCACCAUUUCAGGAACAGUUAGUUAAUUAAACACUGCAAGAACAAUUAUUUUUAUACCAUUCACAGGGAGAUAAGAGCUCAGUCUUUUGGGUCUUGUGUUGAUGUGAGUGGGAGAGAGGUUGUGUUUGCAUCAUCUCAUGUACUGUCUGUUUGUGAUGGGAGGGAUUGGUUAAGACAGCGACCACUCACAGUCGGAGAGUAUGUCAGGAAUGUUGUUGAGCAACUCCCUCCUGGCUUUACAGAGGCAUGAGUGGGUAAAUAUGACAUCACUAUACA